AACCUUACCUCACCGGCAAUCGCGACGGCGGCGGCUCUGAGGGAGGCACGCGCCACGGCAGUUACCCGCCCCGCGCAUGCGCACCGGCCGGACGGGGUGGGGUGAACGGUGUCGCCCCCUUAGCGCCUGCGCACUGGGGCGGCCGGAGCGGAGAGCACGGCGGAGGUGACAGCGAGGGAGGCAGGCAGAGCAGGCUGUAUAUCUAGGAAAAUAUGGCAGAUCCUUGGCAAGAAUGUAUGGAUUAUGCAGUUUCUUUAGCAAGGAAAGCUGGAGAGAUGAUCCGUGGAGCACUCAAAGGAGAAAUAUCUGUUAUGACUAAAAGCUCACCAGUAGAUCUCGUGACAGAAACUGAUCAAAAAGUAGAAAACUUCAUUAUUUCUUCGAUAAAAGAAAAGUAUCCUUCUCACAGCUUCAUUGGAGAAGAAUCCGUUGCAGCUGGCGAGGGCAGCAUUUUGACAGAUAACCCUACAUGGAUUAUAGAUCCCAUUGAUGGAACAACCAACUUCGUACACAGGUUUCCAUUUGUGGCAGUUUCAAUUGGCUUUGUUGUAAACAAAAAGAUAGAAUUUGGAAUUGUGUAUAGUUGUGUAGAAGACAAGAUGUAUACUGCCAGAAAAGGAAAAGGUGCAUUUUGCAAUGGUCAGAAACUUCAAGUAUCAGGCCAAAAAGACAUUACAAAGUCACUUUUGGUGACAGAAUUGGGAUCAAGUCGUGAUCCAGAGACUAUAAAAAUAGUACUUUCUAACAUGGAAAGACUUCUCAGUAUUCCUAUUCAUGGGAUUAGAGCCGUUGGUACAGCAGCUGUGAACAUGUGCCUUGUGGCAACAGGUGGAGCUGAUGCCUAUUAUGAAAUGGGGAUUCACUGCUGGGAUAUGGCAGGGGCUGGAAUCAUUAUUACUGAAGCAGGUGGAGUACUGCUCGAUGUAUCAGGUGGGCCGUUUGAUUUGAUGUCUCGAAGAAUAAUUGCAGCAAGUAGUCAAGCUAUAGGAGAGAGAAUAGCCAAAGCACUUCAAAUAAUUCCUCUGAGAAGGGAUGAUGCAACUAACUGAAUUCCAAAACUACACCUUAAAUGUAAUUAUAUAAUGUCUCAUACUCACACAUGCUGGUUGUUCUACACUUUAAACCUGAUAAAGAAGUAGAUAAAUAACCUUGAAUUUGAUAAAAAGGCAGAUAUAUAGAUUGUAGUCUUUCAGUACUGGUGUGACUGCUAAGUAGUGUUUUGAGACUGGACCAACAUUCUAAGUAAGCUUUUACUUUUAAGUAUUAUAUUUAAUGUCAUGAUUACAUACAGAUCUGUAGAAAGAAGCAAAUGCAUACAACUAAUAUUUUGAAGUUUUAUACUAUCCUCAAAGGCAUAGCAAGAGACUCUUUGAUGUACAGAUAAGUAAAAAUCUGUAGUUCCUCAAGUGACAAAAUAAAAUUCCGUAUCUUAACACCACAUCAUCACAUCUGAUCCUGAAUCCCAAAAGAUGAAGGCAUUACUAUUUAUCCAGUCUUUCUCAUCUGCUGUUUCUUUCAGUGUCAUCAGUACAUCCAUUUCCUUGCCUUGUUACAGUUUUUGUAGAGAUAGUUCACACAUUUCCAAACAUUUUUUAUUUACUUGUAGUUUUGGCUCUAAUUUAAAGCCUUUAUUACUUAACUGUCAUUGGUUGUGUAGUCAUCAUUCUACCUUUCUUAUGAUAGAUGAACACAAUCUCUCCUUUAGCCUCUUGUGUGGCCAGUACGCUUGAAAAUUCAUUACAGUUGCAAAAACAAUAGUUAUUGUGCCAGAAAACAUGUGUAUCUCCCAGAAAUAUGUUCUUAGCACACCUUCUGUCACCCAUUUCACUUCCUCUAAAUUAAGAUUUGUGUGAUUUGCAAAUUUAUCUUGGCAAUUAUGAUUCUAUUUAAUUUUGCCUGGGUUUUCUCCAUGGAUGAGUGUUUCAAAGUCUAAGGAAUGAUUUAAAAUCCCAGAGUAACUCGUGUCACCCAUAGUCCAGGUUUUCUUCAUCGUUUUCUGUAAGCUAUGAAAGCAGUGUACUGUUCAAUUAUUACUCAGUGAAUGCACUGUAAAAAAAAAAGAUUUAACUGGGGUGAGUUUUCAGACUGAUUUUUCCAUGUCUGUAGAAGUUUCUUAAAGAAUGUUGUCUCAUUGGUGAUCCAGUCAAGACACAGCAAAGCUUUGGAAAACCUGACUUGUACUGCUGUCCCACUGUUUUUAUUUUGGAAAAUGGUGUUCUGUAUCUUGAAAAUUUCAACAGAUCUCCUAUUAAGUCUUUUAUAGCAGUUGAUUUUUGCAGGUUUUGCAGAAAUAGUUAAUUUCAGCUUGUGUCUGAUGCCAGAUGAUUAAUGUUACUGAGAUCAGUCUGCUAUUUAAAGGUCUUGUUAAAAAGUCACACUUAGAGUAAUUUUACUCUGGAAAUACCCAUUGACAAGAGUAGAAACCUUUUGAGCAUUUCAUUGUAACUUUGUUGUAUAAAUGAUGUGGCAUCAUCAUUAUUUUUGAAAACUGUCUACUGUACUAUUUCUGUGGCUUUUGUAUAACAACUUCUGCAUAACUUUUUUAAACUGAUUUGUUUAAAUGGAGACAUAUGUGAAAGAGACAUGUCUAAAAAAUACUUGAGAUGGGAGAACAUGUUCAAAAUAAAUGUGCUUUAGCAGCA